AUGGUUGGCCUUAGCAAAGGUGGAUUCAAUACAGAAAUUUCCCAUGUGAAAUCGUCAGUUAAUUCAGCAAUAAUAGUGUUCGAUAAGAAUUAUUCCAAUAAAACAUUUACAUCCUGUCAAUAUCCCAAAUUAACCAUUGAUAAUCCUCAAAUCUUAAAAUAUCUGAAGCCUGUUAAAGAAUCUCGACCGAAAUGUGACGAUGAAGUCAAUUGGAUUUACACGAAAAAUAGUACAUUUUAUAUUCGGGACGAGGCGAUCAAAGUUCAUGGUUCGAUUCAAUGUGGUUAUCGGCCGAUAACUCGCGCAAAAGAUGAUUUCAAUAAAAGUGUAGGAGAACGAAUCUUUCCAUUCGAGAGUCAUCGAUCGUUGGUAUCGGACUUUUUUCAUGUCGAUUGUCAAGCUCAAGAUGGAUCGAAAUAUGAGAAUUAUCAUAUGGGGAUAAAAUACAAUUCAUCAUUGCUGAUAAAGAAUUUCGAAUCUCCGAUGAAAUCGACGAGCUUGGAUUAUAAUGUCCUCAUGUUUGGUUUUGAUUCGACAUCUCGAAUGACUUUUAUGAGAUUUUUACCGAAAACCUAUUCGUUUCUGGUCAAUGAACUCGGUGCCAUCGUGAUGAAAGGAUAUAACAUCGUUGGCGACGGAACACCAGCUGCGCUCUUUCCUAUCCUCACAGGACAAACAGAACAGGAACUACCGGAAUCGAGAAGAGGAUAUCCCAAAGCCACAACAGUCGAUGAUUUUCCUUGGAUUUGGAAUGAUUUUAAAAAAAAUGGCUUUAUAACUCAAUGGGCAGAAGACAUGUCCUACGUUGGAACGUUCCAGUACCGUUUAAAAGGAUUUCGAAAUCCUCCUGUUGAUUAUUACGGACGUCCUUUUUAUUUAUAUGUCGAAUCACAAAAAGUUUCCAAGCCCUACUGUUUCGGUUCUAUAACUCGUCUUCAAGGAAUGUUCGAAUGGAUCAAAGAAUAUGUUCAUCUUUAUUCAAACGAAAAGAAAUUUUCUUUUCUAUUUCAUUCGGAUUAUUCGCACAAUUCGAACAAUAAUCUACCUUAUGCGGAUCAAGAAUUAUUUCAAUUUCUCCAAUAUCUUCGCGAUUUGGGUUAUCUUAACAAAACAAUUUUGCUGAUUUUAACCGAUCAUGGAGCGAGAUAUUCACAUCUACGUGCAACUCCUCAAGGUAAACUAGAAGAACGUUUACCCUUUGUAUCGAUUCGAAUGCCUGACGAAUUUCAAAAGCAAAAUCCUGAAAUCAUGAAAAAUCUUCGAUCGAAUUCUGAACGUUUAUCAACUCCAUUCGACAUUUACGAAACAUUUGAACAUAUUCUCAGUUUUCAUUCGGCUAAGCCUUAUCGAUCCAGAUACGCUCGUUCGGUUAGUUUGUUUAACUUAAUUCCCGCUGAUCGAACGUGUCUACAAGCGAAUAUCUCUGAACAUUGGUGUACUUGUCUUCAAUGGAAAGCGAUUUCAAUCAACGAAUCGACCAUUGAAUUACUUGCGAAACAAACUCUUCAAUAUUUAAACGAUUAUCUCUCGGGCUACGAACAUUUAUGUUCGCCAAUUUCUCUGAAGAGAAUUGCUAAAGCGAGUCAAAUGAAUGAUAAUGAAAAAGUAUUCUAUCAAAUGGAAUUCGAAACAAAUCCAGGCGAAGCAAAAUUCGAGUUAACAAGUGAAUUUCAUGCGCAAACAAAUUCGUUCGAUAUUCAAAAACGAUUCCUUAGUAGAAUCAAUCAAUAUGGACAAACAGCGAAUUGUAUCGCGCAGAUAAAACCAGACUUAAGAGAAAUUUGUUUUUGUAAAAACAUUUCAACGAAGAAAUAG